GCAAAAUAGUUGGAGGCUGCCUGCCCUGUUUCAAUUCCAUCCCCCCCAUGCAACGAAGCAUCGGCAGUCCUUGUUGUGGUAUCAGCCAAAUUACGAGUACCAGUUGGAUCUAAAAGCGUCCAACCGCCCAUCAUCCCCAACCCGCUACACCCCCACCCACUCCAUUUCUCUUCACGUCUGCGUCGCCCUCUUUUUCCCAUUUUCCCCCAGAAGAGAAGAAUGGCCCCAAAUGUGGAGGAAUUCCUGUCCGUUGCAGUGGGUGCCGCAAAGAAAGCUGGAGAGUUAAUCCGUAAUGGGUUCUAUCAGACCAAGCAUGUGGAGCAUAAAAGCCAGGUGGAUUUGGUCACCGAAACUGACAAAGCAUGUGAAGAUCUCAUAUUCAAUCACCUUAAGCAACAUUUUCCAAGCCACAAGUUCAUUGGAGAAGAAACUACUGCUGCUUGUGGUGUCACAGAGCUAACUGAUGAACCAACUUGGAUUGUUGAUCCCCUCGAUGGAACAACAAACUUUGUGCAUGGGUUCCCUUUUGUGUGCGUUUCUAUUGGUCUUACACUUGGAAAGGUCCCAACAGUUGGUGUUGUCUACAAUCCCAUUAUAGAUGAGCUUUUCACUGGGAUAGAGGGGAAAGGAGCUUUUCUGAAUGGAAAACCAAUAAAAGUGUCUUCUCAGUCUGAACUCGUCAAGUCUCUUCUUGCUACAGAGGCUGGGACAAAGCGUGAUAAACUAACUGUGGACACCUGUACGAACAAAAUUAACAGUUUACUGUUCAAGGUGAGGUCUCUUCGGAUGAGUGGCUCCUGUGCUUUAAAUCUCUGUGGUAUUGCAUGUGGAAGGCUUGAUCUCUUUUAUGAACUUGGAUAUGGAGGCCCUUGGGAUGUGGCAGGUGGUGCUCUCAUUGUUAAAGAGGCUGGAGGUGUUUUGUUUGAUCCGUCUGGUGCUGAUUUUGAUAUCACCUCGCAAAGAAUAGCAGCUUCAAAUCCUCUUCUCAAGGAUGCCUUCAUUGAGGCAUUGCAGCAAUCCAAAUGAGAGAAACAUGGUAACUCAGAGAGCUACCACAACAGUUCCGUAACAGUCACCUUCUUAUAUAUUAUGAAGAAUUACAGAUUAUUCAUCUAUUCAGUUCACAUCAAAGGCUUUAGAAGCACUCUAAUUAGCUGGAAAAUGGCCUAGUCAGUUUUACUGAGUUGCAAAAUAUUAGCUGCACCAAAUGCGCUGUAGUGUCCAAUUGAUAUGACUACCUUAGUUCCAAGUUCACCCUACAUUGGAUGGAGCUCCUAAAAAUGCUUUUUCUUGAUAUCUGAAGCUUAUGGCUCUUAAGAAAUUGCUGGUUCUAUGUUUGAGUA